AUGACUGGACGCGGCAAGGGUGGCAAGGGUCUCGGCAAGGGUGGUGCCAAGCGUCACCGCAAGAUCUUGCGUGACAACAUCCAGGGUAUCACCAAGCCAGCUAUCCGACGUCUCGCACGUCGUGGUGGUGUCAAGCGUAUCUCUGCCAUGAUCUACGAAGAGACCCGUGGUGUCCUCAAGACCUUCCUCGAGGGUGUUAUCCGCGACGCCGUCACAUACACCGAGCACGCCAAGCGCAAGACUGUCACCUCCCUCGACGUUGUCUACGCACUCAAGCGACAAGGCCGCACCCUCUACGGUUUCGGUGGCUAA